AUGGGCGAUUCCGAGUUUGAGUACUCGGACGAGGAGUACGGCAACGUGGUGAACUCUAGCCUGCAGCAGGCGCAGGUGCGCGGCCGCGUCCCCUCAGCCCCGGAACCCGCGUCGCGCGCGUAUACGGAAGAUCCCCCCCCGCGCGACUUUGCGACUUUUCGCCCCGCCCAUCAGCUGAGGCAUCGACGUUUGAACCGAGGAACCCCCGCGUGA